CGCCCCGAAGAGUUGUGGUACAGUUGUACUGAGCUGAGCUGCCGGAGGCAGAAUAGGAGAGGCAGGCGAUGACGAUGGCGACGAAGGCGGCGUGCGUGCUGGCGGUGUGGGUGCUCGUCGCAUCGGGCCUGUCCGACCUGGGCUCAGCGCGCGCGCCCCUGGGCAGCAAGCCGCAGCGGGAGUUCGACUACUUCGCGCUCUCCCUCCAGUGGCCCGGCACCAUCUGCGCCUCCACCCGCCACUGCUGCGCCACCAACGGCUGCUGCCGCUCGGAGCCUCUCCAGACGUUCACGAUCCACGGGCUAUGGCCGGACUACGACGACGGGACCUGGCCGUCGUGCUGCCGCCGCACCCAAUUCGAGAUGGACAAGAUAUUGCCACUGAAGGAGGUGCUUGACAAGUACUGGCCGUCCCUCUACUGCUCCAAAUCUGGAACAUGCUUCAGCGGCAAGGGACUCUUCUGGGCUCACGAGUGGGAGAAACAUGGAACCUGCUCUGCCCCUGUGGUUCAGGAUGAAUUACAGUAUUUCACCCUUGCCCUUGACCUCUACUUCAAGUAUAACGUUACGGAAAUGCUGUCAAGUGGAUGGAUACAGGUUUCAAAUGGUAAGGAAUAUGCACUGAGCGAUGUCAUCGAUACCAUCAAACAUGCUUUUGGGGGAUCACCACAAAUUGUUUGCAAGAGGGGUUCAAUCGAAGAACUUAGGUUAUGCUUCGACAAAGAAUUGAAGCCUCGUGAUUGCCUUACCACUUCUUUGGCGAAUGGAAGUGUAUCAAAAAGCAAGCACUGCCCGCGGUACAUCACCUUGCCAACGUAUGAUCCCCUUGUGCUUGCCAAUUCAACUGUAGAGAUCAUGACACAGUUCGAUGAAUUUGAGGUGCCUGCAGCUCUUUAUACAGCCUAAAAUGCAAUUGUUGCAAUAGCAGAAGGUGCUCGCGUGAGCACCUAGAACCAGGCACAUUUAUCCUGGGAUAUUCAAUCAUUUGUACAUGUACACUUGAAAGAGAACUGACAUCUUUUCAACCUGAAAAUUUAUAAGCUUUAUGUAACCGUGAAGGUCGGAUAUUGCACAUGUAAUUCGCUAAAUCAAAACUGUAUCUUGAGGUAGAAUUUUCAAGUAGUAAUAAUAGAGAUAUAAGAAACUUAUCGCCCA